ACAUAACUUUGUACGUGAAAAGGAACGCUCACCAAACGUAAACAAAAUAUCGCAGAGUAGCUUGACGUUAAUUUAAAUUAUUUUAGAAAACAAAAUACAGUAGAUAAGUGGGUGUUUUAACCUCGGACUUGCGAUAAUAUGAGGAUAAUUGAUACCAAUGUGUAUUUGAUAAAGUUUUUCAAUGCCAAUCUAUUGUGUAAAAGUUGUUACGUAGUGGAGACAGGAAACACCAGAGGAAAUGAACGCAAGUUAGGAAGCCGAUGACUAAUACACAGUUUACUUUCAAAAAUCAUGGGUACGGCAUACAAAGAGUUGUUCAAAUUAUACGAUAUAAUUCAGAAUGGCUCUGAAAGGUCUUUAGAAAGUAUCCUCAGAGAAACACCAGUGCAGAUAAACCAGAUUAUACCAUGUAAAGGUAUUGGACUCCUGCACCUCGCUGUCGGUGUAGAGCCCGAGGAGAAGUCCAAGAAAUGCACCGAGUUACUCUUGAAGAAUGGGGGAGACCCUAAUUUAUGCAAUGACGAUGGAGUAACUCCAGUGCACAUUGCAGCCAUAUGGGGCCGAGUAGAGAACUUGAAGCUCCUCAUAGGCUGCGGUGGUGACCCCUCGCAGCAGGACCUGGAUGGUCAUUCAGCAUUUGAGUAUGCCACCAGGGAGGAGCAAUGGGAAGUGUUUGACUAUCUACAUAAUGUUGUAGACCAGACUGACGAUGCACCAAACAACAGAUGUGCUUAUACACUAGAUUUAGAAAGAGUAUUAUUGACAACAGACGAAAUAGUCGCUGAAUACGGACCUAUUGUUGACGAGAACACACAGGACAAUGUUCCCAGCGUUCGUAAAUCGGAACUGAUCAGCGACUGGUGCGAAAGAAAUAGUUUAGUUAUUAAUAAGCUGUAUCCCACUAUAAUAAACGACACUUAUCUCUUAGAUAACGAGUCAGCUCCAUGGAAAAGUACCUGUUUAGACUUUACAGAGAAUAUAACACUCGAUCUCACCAAAGAUAGGAUCUCGAGCGACGCUAACACUAGCUUUAAAUCUUGUAUGUCCAAGAAGUUAUCCGACGUACAAAUAAGUGGUAUACAACGGUUAGAGUUCACUUCAGACACAAGGCAAUCCAGCGAGCCUUCGAAUGUUAUGAACCAAAGGAUCAGUGUGUAUGAGAACUUCUCACUGCCCGGCUCACCAAAUAACAUUACACAUAGAAACUACAAUACAAAGAGUAGUUUGAAGAAACAAAAGAAUAAAUGUAAUGCAAGCAGUUUGAUCUCAAAUGAUUGUUCUCAAGAGUUAGACAGAGUGUUGGCAGUUGUUCAGAAUAAGACUAACGAGUGGUUGUGCACAAGUAAGGGGGAAGGGGGGAAUACUAGGAGAUCAUCGGCUAGUAGUGGUGUCAGCAGCAACUAUUCGGGAGGGAGUAUCGUGUUAGCGAAUGUACAUGAAGAUUAUAAAUAUGAGGACAAAGAGGAAGAUGUGGUGUUGAUUGAGAGAAGGUUGCUGGUCUCACCUAUUGUGCUUCCAGUUUGCGAAGGCGCGGAAUACAUCAGUCCAGACCAGACCAUUCUAUCAGUAGCUUCAUCGUUGCCUGCAUCAGUUCAAUACGAUGACAAUACUCUUAGAGCUGAACUGCUAAGACUUGGGUACACACCAGGACCCAUACAGGAUACAACUAGAAACUUGUACUUGAAGAAAUUGCAGGCUUUGAAGAAAAAACCCAAGGAUGACGUUGAGGCCCUGAAUAGGAGUCUUAAAGCUUUGAAUAUUAAUCAGCAGAAAAAAACCUACAGCAUAGAAAUAGAGAAAUCACUACGAAAUGCGGACUGGAUGAACGAUCUCACUCCUUACAUAGAGUUAGAAAACAGAGCUCGCGCCAAUUUCGGUGACAAUACAAAAAAAUGGCGCGAAGGCACAGCAAAGACUUCGUUCACGUACUUACUGUUAGACCCGCGAAUGACUGACAAUCUGCCUGCGAAGGCGGGAAAACAGAACAAACAUGUGUCCUGGGUCACGUUUAUUAACUCCAUAUUUUAUGUCGGGAAAGGUAAGCGCUCACGACCAUACUCACACUUAUACCAAGCACUAACUCUAUGGAAUAAAGACUUCAAAACAUCCAAAGACAAGAAGGUCCAACAUAUCCUAGACAUAUGGUCUGACAAAGUGGGUGUCGUGUGUCUGCACAUAUUUCAGAACGUCAUACCGGCCGAGGCGUAUACAUAUGAAGCGGCAAUGAUAGAUGCUCUUGGAGUAAACAGCUUAAAUAAUCUUAAAGUUGGGAAUUAUUAUGGUGUUGUAGCAUCGUGGCCGCUAAAAGAACGAAGAAUGCUUGGCCUAUACCUUCUCUAUAAAGCAAUGCUCAUAUUCUUCAGCGAAGGAGAACGACAACUCAGACCAGAUGAUUUAGACUGAAGUAGGUACACCUACAAUAUUUUUACAUUGGUUGUGAAAUUCUUGCGUUAAAUUAAAUGAACUUUGACAGUAUUUAUUUGCGGAGUUAACUAAAUUUUUAAUGUAAAUUGUAUUUGUAUUUUAAGUGCACCGUAGUGUGUAAGCUUUAAUGUUAAUGUAUUUACCACAGUUGUGUAUUUCUACUGUUACAAAUCAGACACCAAAGAGUUUUACAUGAAUUAAUGGAGCUAACAGUUUUACUACUGUUUUUGCACGUGAGAUUUUAUGAGAUUAUAAUUUAAUGAAAUACAUUUCAAAACGAAGCAUAUACUUCUUUAAAAAAAAUAAUUAAUGAAGUUAUUAAACUAUUUAGAUAUUAAACAAUAAUAACGAACUGUUAGCUCCUCUACAAAGACAAUACAAUAGUUACGUUAAAUGUAGCUUACUGCCACUCAAGCCGUCGCCACUGACGUUUUUAUGGUUUCACAUAAAUUAUUAUAACACAUUUCGCAUAAUAUUAGAUUUACAUUAGUAAUCAGUAUUUUGAAUAAUUUAUUCGACAUUAUAAGUAGCUUUAACUUAUUUAUAACUUGUGCAUUAUUUAAGUUACCACUGCACGGAACAUCUCACAUUGUUUUACUUUAAAAUUAAGUUGCACUUUUAUUGCCUGUAAUUGUACCUGUAUAAAUAAGUAAUUUUAUGUAUUUUUAGAUUUUUUAGCCCUGUACUCUGUUCCUAGUCAUUAAUACAGUAACGUGUAAGCAUAAUGUAUUAAUCAUGACAAUAAGCUCUUAUAACAUUAAUUUUACUGACACUUUAAGCAGGAAAUAAAACACAUUUUUUUAAGAAAUAA